AUGUCAGACAAGAAAUCCGACGACAUGCUCCCCAUGUCCAGUGGUCAUGGGAAUGGCGUCGCCAACGGCCGCACCAGCGGCGCCAACAAGCAGCCCUUUCCAAGCUUUACGCCCGCCCAGGCAAAGACGGAUGCGCUCAAGGGUCUGGGAUUGUCCAUGGCAUCGCUGGAUAAUAGUCGUGGCGCCUCCGUCUUUGCGUAUUGUCUGAGUUCCAUGAGCAUGACCAUUGUGAAUAAGUAUGUUGUGUCAGGGUCCAAUUGGAACAUGAAUUUGUUGUAUCUUGCUGUUCAGUCCAUUGUUGGAACACUGGCCAUCAUCAUGUGCAAGCAGGCUGGCAUGGUCAAAGACUUGGGCCCAUUUGACUCGCAAAAGGCAAAGACUUGGUUUCCUAUUGCUCUGCUUCUCGUUGCCAUGAUUUACACCGGUAACAAGGCCCUGCAAUAUCUCUCCGUUCCUGUCUACACCAUCUUCAAGAAUUUGACUAUUAUUGUCAUUGCCUACGGAGAGGUUCUCUGGUUCGGGAGUAGCCUCACUCCGUUGACCCUCGUUUCCUUCAUCAUGAUGGUGUUUAGUUCGGUUGUCGCUGCGUGGGCGGAUGCCAAGAGUGCUUCCACGGCUGCCGCCAUAACCACCAUGAACCUGGGUUACGGAUGGAUGGGCAUCAAUGUCUUUUGUGCCGCCAUGUAUGCUCUUAGCAUGCGCAAGAUCAUCAAGAAGACAGGCUUUAACAACUGGGAAGUCAUGUACUACAACAACCUCCUUACCAUUCCUGUCCUCAUCGUCUCAUCUCUCCUUGUCGAGGAUUGGUCAUCCACCAACCUCAACAGCAACUUCCCCGCCAAUUCUCGCUACAGUAUGUGUAUGGGCAUGGUCUACUCGGGUCUCGGUGCCAUAUUCAUCUCCUAUUCGACCGCGUGGUGUAUCCGCGCCACUUCUUCCACCACGUACGCCAUGGUUGGCGCGCUCAAUAAGUUACCUGUUGCAAUCUUGGGCAUUAUUUUCUUCGCUGCGCCCGUUACGUUUGGUAGUGUCUCGGCAAUUAUCCUAGGCUUCGUGAGCGGCAUUGUGUAUACUGUGGCUAAGCUUCAGAAGGGCAAGGAGAAGCCUCAGUCUGCGCUGCCACUCACCAACAAGCGAUAG